GAGGUUAUAGAAGAAGAAGGAAAAAAAAAAAAAAAAAAAAGAGAAAAGGAGAGAAAUAAAAAAGAAACCCUAGAGAGGUGAUCUUCCUCUCAAUCUUCUUCUCCGGCGAGCAUUCAGAAACCCUCGAGCAGCUGCAGGUCUGCAGCGACUCCAUGCGCGGAUCAGGUUCGUGUUUUUCCUCUCUCUACAGGACGUGCACGAGUGGCGAAAUUCUUCCUCCCUCCGUCGCGUUCAUCUUUUGGCGAACAACGAGCCACCACGCGACCAACGACGUCUUAUAGGCUCCGGCGACCCAUCUCUGCGCAACCUCACCCUCGAAUCUGAUUUGCAACACGAGACCCACUUUGAACAGGCUUCACAGCAGAGUUCCUCACUUGUUCGACGAGCUUUGGCAUUGACCCACACUCCGAUUGGCUUCAAAUUAGUGUACCCGUAACGUUUAAGGUCCAGAUCUGCAAAUUUUGGAGCCUUUUCGUAAGAUUCGCAUAAGUAAAUGAUUACUCAGUUCCUUGUCCGUGUGGAGACACAUUAGUGAUUUAUGUUUAAAGCUAAAAUUUGGAAGGAGAAGAAUGGAGGCCAACAUUUGUGACGUGAAUCACCUCAAUUCCGAUGUUCUCUUACCUCCAAGGAAGCGUCUUCUUGCUGGCUUGAGAAAGCAAGGUGCCGAUGGUGAUGGUACUUUUAAUCCGCCACCAGUUGCCUCCGCUUGUUCUCCUCCUCCAUCUCCUUCUUGUGGCUUCACAUCUAUUGAAUUUAAUAUACGGCUUAACAGUCUGUUGAGUGCUCAUUCAAAUUCUAACCCAUCACCCGAGGAAAUAGUGGAGGCCUCGAGAUCAGCUGCUGCUGCAGCUGUGAAGGCUGCAGAGGCUGCUAGGGCAGCUGCUGAAGAGAAGGCUGCGAUUGCAGCAAGGGCUGUUACAGCUGCAAAGAGUGCCAUGGACUUGGUUGCCUCAAUUUCUGAAGAAGCAGCUUAUAAAGAAAUAAACAUGAGAAAGAAUAAGCUGAAGAAACAUGUACCAGUUCAGUUUCUGUACACAAAAUAUCAACCUCUUGAGAAUACUAAGACAGAUGAAGAGUUAGCCCGCAAAUUGCAUCGGGCAAUAAAUAGCUCCCCUAGAAUUUUGAAGAAUUCAUCUGGUUCUGAUGUUAGAGGCCAUAAACACAAGAAAUUGAAAAGCUCAACGGGCUCUGAGAAAAUUAGGGUUUCCACAUGUGGACAGGAGUUGGACUCUACAACUACGUGCAAUGGGCAUGCUAAAUCUAACGAGGCUGACUCUGAGUGCAGCCUUCAGGAAGUAUACAAUCUCAAAGCUGAUGAGAAGACUAGUAAAUAUGAGAAGAAUAAUCAGUCUCUGACGGAUAAUGGAGAAGAAGAGACAAGCCAGAAGGAGAAAAUGUGUGACGAUAUUAGCGUCACUGUUAAAAAGAGGGGAAGAGUAAAGCUUAAAAAAUUGCCCUUGAGUAUUUGUUCUUUCAGGGACCAAGCAACUUUCAAGGAUGACAUGAAUAAUGGAAGUUCCCCAAUAUUGACUGUGCAAAACACGGGGUCUCCCACAUCUGGAAAAGUUAUUUUGCAUUCUGUAGAUAGCCCUACUGAAGGUGUGAUGCCAAUAGAUUCUACAUCAGUAUGGAAAUGCCAGGAGUUUAAAGCUCCCCUUUCUGUCAAACAAAACAAAGUUGUGCAGUCAUGACUGAAAUGACAUAUGGUAUAAGGUCGCUGCUAAUAGAAGUUGAUAGUUGAGGUAGGAUCCGUGCAGCUUUUCUUAUAGAAACGACUUUACUCCAUCUGUCUUCCUUUUGAUCCUGCAUAUCUUGUUUCACCAUGAACUGGGACAGACCAAUUGUAAAUUUCAUAUCAUGUGUUUGAAUAUUCUCCAAAGUUGAAAGAUAUUCUUUAUGACACAGAGCUUGAAGUCCAAAUAAGAGAGGGAGGGUUACGAUAAACCGAAUACUUGAACACUCCUUGUUUUUCAGGAGGCAUUUUUGUCUUGAUUUCACUAUAUAUGCUGAAUAUACUACAAGCAAUCCCCAUGUAUAUGUAAGUAAGAUCUGUAGAUGGUUGUUUUAUGGUCCUGCUACAGUUGUAUCCAUAUAUUACUUAAUGAUGCCCUCAUUUGUAGGAGUGUGGAUUGAAAGAAAAUUUCAAACAAUUGUGUUGUACUUGUGGAAAGAGUGAAACGUUUGUUUGUUUGUUUGUUUUCUUUCCGUUUUUGGGGCAUCUAGUCUUCUACAUUCUCAUAGAAUUACUAUUGUUGAUUAACUAAUAUUAAGAUCGUAUACUUUGUAUCUUUUCUUUUCCCCUUCAAGUGGAGGAUGCCCUAUCCUCGUCAAUGUAAUGCUCUUAUAUAUUAAUGAAAGCUUCCCUUUAUAUUA